GGUUAUGCACCCGUCAACCGGAUCUUGAACAACCAACCAUGCACAGGCUCAAGCAAGACUCAUUCUUAUUCUCCUUGCUUCGUAAAAAACAUGGUUGAGAUUCACCCUUUCAAAUCAUUUAUAAACAUAAGGUGCAAGAAAAAUAGGGUGCAGACGUCUUUACCCGGUGGGUCAAGUCAGCAGAUUUACUGGCCAGCAUCACCGCGCCGUAACUUCUAGUCUAGAAAAGUGGUAAAUAAAAUGGUUUGCUUGAUGUUCUAGUAAACCCCCAACUCUGCCUCUAACUAAUUGCACAGUGAACGCAUCUAGACUAUUGGAAAUGGAGCCUGUACGAGAAAGACACUGGCUUAUCCCAACAGCUCUGUUGUGCUGCUAUGGAUUCUUAAAGGAAAUCCGCCCUUCUGAACCCUUCCUGACCCCGUAUCUCCGUGGUGAUAAGAACCUCACGGAGCAACAGGUGGAUAAUGAAGUCUACCCGGUUUGGACGUACACGUACAUGGUUGCUCUUAUCUUUGUGUUUGUCCUCACUGACUUACUGCGCUACAAGCCAGUCAUCGUCUUCGAAGGCUUAGCCUACAUUGCGACGUGGUCAAUUCUCCUCUGGGCUUAUGGAGUGACAAUGAUGAAACUCAUGCAGUUCAUGUACGCUUUCGCAACGUCGACAGAAGUGGCGUACCUUGCGUACAUCUUUGCGGCCGUAUCGUCUGACCACUAUCAACAGGUGUCCAGCUACACACGGUCAUCCCUGCUUGCUGGAAGAUUCGUCGCGGCUGUCAUCGGACAACUCUUAAUCUCUUUUAAAGUCACGACAUACAGGGGUCUCAAUUACAUUAGUCUGACCUUUGUCUCUCUAGGUUUCGUGAUAAGCUUGUUCUUGCCAUCCGUUCACAAGAGUACAUAUUUCCAUCGAGACUCGCCGGAAAUACAAAACAGUCCCGCCACGGAUGACACCAACCAAAACCCACCACAAGUUCCCAGUGCACUAAGAAAUGAGUCUUGUUGCACAGAUGAUAAUGCUGUGCUGUCAAAACCACCUUUACGAUCAAUAAAAGAGAGAACACUUUCUUGCUUUUCAUCUACCAAACGGUUUAGUCACUACUUGUGGGCAGACUUCAAGAGCUGCUACAGCAAUAGACGGCUGCUAGAAUGGUCACUUUGGUGGGCUUUUGCAACCUGUGGUAAUCUGCAAGUAGGCAACUACAUCCAAAACCUCUGGGAUACCAUUUUCACGAAAUCAGGCGAUGAGAACAGCACUGAAAACGUCUACAACGGGGCAGUGGAGGCUUUGUCAACACUGCUUGGUGCUCUGUCUGCAUUCCUGAUCAUGUUCCCACGGGUGGACUGGGACCGGUACGGAGAGCUGCUCCUAGGAGUGGUCUCAAUCAUCGAUGCGAUCCUGCUCUUCAUCAUGGCCUUGACCACCAACAUCUGGCUCUGCUAUUCAUUCUACAUCAUCUUCAGAGCCUCCUACCAGCUGGUCAUCACCAUAGCAAUAUUCCAGAUUGCCAAGCACCUCACCUUAGAGCGCUAUGCUUUGGUGUUUGGAUGGAACACCUUUGUGGCUCUUGUCCUCGAGACCAUACUGACCCUCAUUGUGGUGGACUAUCGCACUCUAAAUCUACCAGCCGAUACACAGUUCCUGGUAUAUGGCGGCUACUUCUACCUCCUUGGCACAGCGUUCUGCAUCAAGGCUGUCUACCAGGCGGGGCAACAGGGAUGCAGGCAGACCCUCUCCUGUUGCCAUGGCAACAAUGGGGCGUGUCUGGAGCUCCAUAACAGAGUACCUAUUCAAGAUGAAGAUGAAGGAGGAGAAGGAGAAGGAGGAGGAGCAGAGCAGAAUCUUGAAGAGGAGGAACAGGAGAAAGGAGCUAAGGAGAUUGAUGAGGUGAAGGGAGGGGAUACAGUUCAUUUGGUGAUGUAGUUGGAAACGGAGAGAAGUAUAGGCCGUUCACAUAUGCCUCAGUUUACCACAGUGGAUAUUUUGUGUACCAGAUGAAUGGCAAGUGGGGAUUAAAAGAGAACCCUUAGACGAGCACAUCCCUGUAUGUCUUAAUAUGUGAGUACCUUCCUCCCCCCCCCCCUCCCUCGGUACGUAUGGAGGCCAUUGUUGCAUGGCUGCAUGCAGCUAUGCAUCUUUUUCAAGCAGGCUUGUUCUCUUUACUGUCAAUGUACUAGCUGCCUCUUGCCAUUUAUUGACAUGCAUAGGUUUUUUAUGCAGCUUUUCAUGUCAUGUUUGAACAUGACUUAAGAGAUAUAUAGAGAGGGGGUUAUAAAUUUCAACUCACUUUCCUGUUUGAGUUUGAGUGCAAUUUAGAGUGCACUGAGAAUUAAUUGAUAAUCAGUAUGAAUUGAAUGUUAUUAUUUAAAUGAAGAUGUAACACUUUCUUUAUUAUUUUUCAUGCUUGCUUGAGCAGAGUUUAUCGUAAGAUAUUGAAUGUUUCUAAAGGAAAAAAAAAAAAUCUCACUUUUGCCUCACUUAAUUAGCGCAAUACUACAAUUUGUAUGCAACUUGACAGCAGUAGGUUUUUUUUUAUCAGAGCAAUUUAUGCCAUAUUUAUUAAAAGGUAGAGUUUAUUAGGUACUAGUUUUUAGUACUUUAUCACAGCAAUUUCCUGUGUAUAAGGACAGAGUUAUAUAUAAUGCAUAUACUGUACAUGUAUAUGAGUGCAGUACUUUUCUGUAGCCUAAUCAAAGUUUUGAGCACUGAACAUUCUUUGCCUGCAGAGGUUGGGUGCUAUUAGCCUUAGUUCAAAGAGCCUUUCCUGGUCAAAAAUACUUUGUCUUUGGCAUAUAAUUGACAUGUAUUUGAAUAAUGCAUAUAUUUCUUAUAAACAUUGAAUAUAUUUUGAAAAUGACCCAUAUAGUUUGCAGUGAU